AAUAAUGUUCUUACGUCUUGACGUCUGGUCAGUACUCCAGUAUAAACUUUGGUUAAUUGUCGCGUCAUUGCAAUGAUAACGUUUAAAACAAAAAAGAUAAAGUCGGGCAGUUUUAUUUUACUAUCCAAAGCUUAUGACUAACAUGUUAGUCAUUCUAAGAAGAAAGAAAAUUAUUAUAAUGUAGACCCCCCUAGCAUUGGAUGUGACUUCACUAGAACUUUAUUUUCCUCUGAGUUACGAAAGUUUUUCAAUUUAGCACCUGGAUUGAAUUUAUUAUUAUAGUUCAGCCUACUUUGACGAUGGCCUAUACAUUUCCGAUAAUAAAUCUUGUAUUUUCUUUUGUUUUGAUACUUGUCAGUUGUGACUUGGAAACAAAUUCCGGGGAUUCCAAAACUGUUUUGAUGACUAAGGAUGACAAUCACUGUGAAGAGUUGCUGGAAAGUUUUGCUUUGGUGUCUGCCAACUACACCUUCUGUGCAAUACGUUUCGCUCGGCCUAUAAGACUCUGCCAGUUUUGUGUAGAAAAGUACCUAAGUGUUGAAUCAGUACAUUCGGACAUUCUAACUCUUGAAGACGAGGAAGGAGAGCAGUGCAAAGCGAAACUUCUCAAUCUGGACAGGCUACAAGUUGUGGAGGCUGGAUUUAACUAUGUUACUGGUUUAUGGCAGCGGGCAAGUUGUAACAAGUGUUUCGAGACCGACUCUCAGGGUAACCCAACAAAAGAACUGAAUGAGAAAACUAAGAAGAUUCUGCAACUUAGUAACGACACCCAAACUUGUAUAGAAGAACACCAUAAUGACACUUACCCAGCCUUCUACGACCCAGAAGUUUGCACUGUGUGCAAAAAAUACUACGUAGAACUGAACUCUUUCUACGACUCCCAGAAGGAAGACGGAUUCUGUAUGGACAUUGUCGAUAUGAUGAACACUACCAGGUCACAGUGGAGCACGGGUCUACGUUGUUGCUUGGACCGCAAGCAGCCAGAGUGGGUGUUCCUCGUGUCCACUGCAGUGUUCACCUGCCUGCCACUGGUCUUCUACUUGGCCGCCUACAUGUUUGUCACCAGCAAGGAGCAGACUGUUCUGAGGC